AUGGCCGACAUUGUGGUGAACAACGAGUAUGUGAAGGCCAACACUCGCAAAGACAAAAGGCCAACCUCAGGGUUGAGCCCCAAGAGAGAGCGUGUCCUUAUCUUUGUGAGUGACAGCUCGACUGCCUUGCGCAAGUGCGACAGCACUGGAAGGAUGACGAAAGGGGAUCUGUCGAACAAGGUCGACAACAUCGGGCAGCCCUGGCUGGAAGCACGUUAUGUACACGAGGUGUUGGGGGACGAUGCUCAGCUGGCUCGCAAGGGAAGUGGAAGAGCACGUAAAGACGUGCAAAGCACUCUAUCCAAACAUGCUCAUAGACAUCGUCGUGCGGUGGGCAGGGAGUUAAAUUUCUGGACAAUGGGGAUGCAUUCCCGCACGCAUCUGCCCUGGUGCAACGUACAGGGACCCCACGGUUUCCAUGGAGCACGUCGCCAAGAAAAUCUGGCGCGCCGCCGAUUCCUUAGCCGCAGCCGCAAGGGUGAGCCCGAAUCGGAGAUCGGAUUCGUUAAGGUCAUUGGCAAGGGCGCUUCUAGUUGCAUUCCGUGUUGCGACGUUCAAGCAAUUCGAAAACCGGUGAUUGCAAACGCAAACGGCGACACCAUGCAUGGAAAAGCUGAGCUUUAUGAUUCCUUCCAUGCGUCGGAGCAUGGGCAGAACGGACAAGUGUUCACCACAUUCAUCCAUGCGACGCUCAACAUGAGUCGCGCCGAGUUCCUGGCGGAGAAGAUGGCUAUCGCAGUACAACCUCUGCUGAAGCGCUUGAAGCAUGUGGAGCCGGAACGAGGCAGCAAUCCAGUCGUCACCACGGAGGUCACUGAAGAGGACCGCAUCUGGGAGAUGCCAGACGUGGCAAAGGAUGUGCCGGCAUAUGGGCCACGCACCAGUGUCAAGAGCAUCGCGCAGCACAUCAAUGACAUCGUUGCGCAGGACGUGGACGGCAAGGUGACUUAUGAGCCCCCGCACACCGUGGCAUUGGCUGACGAGGGCGACUACCAGGUGUUUAUCGACCAAAGCGCCCUGCAAGGGGCAGCCACGAUGGGCGACACGCCGGUAAGGGAGUACUUCUACAGCGGUCAGAAGCAUCGCAUGCUUCCUCUUGAUCCUGAAGCCAUUGUUGGAGACACAGAGAUCAAGUUCAAUCAUGGCGACCUCAAGUUUCUGUCAUUGCUUCUUCGAGGACAUGAGGUCGAGUUGCAUGGUCUCAAAUUUGACAAGAGAUGCUGGACGGAUGUUGGCAAGCUUCUGGAUCGCUUCAAUUAUUGCCGACAGCGAUGCUGGGGCAUCAGGCAACUACUUCGUGCAACCAAGGCUGACAACAAAGGAAGCAUUGGGCUGCUUGGCAUCGACGUGCCGAUGAAAGAGACCAUUGGUCCGCCCUUGUUCCCGGUGCGGAUGCGGGUGUCACAAGGACAUAACGAUCAUAUUGUCGAGGAUGAAGACACGGAUUUGUUCCUAUAG